UUUAUGAAACAGUAUUUGUGACAGGAGGAUUUUAAAUAAAGUUUUGCCCCUCCUUCGCGAUGCAUUGUGGGUAGGUCAGGAAGCACCGGUGGAGGACGCCAUGUGCUUCUGUUAGAGGAGGACUGUCAGUCAGUCACACACAGAGAGAGAGUUGUGUUGCGGGCGCUGCUCGGACGUUCACGGAAUUGGUGAGUCGCGCUCUCGUGUCAUGAUGUACUGCAGCAGACACUGCGUCCGGAUCGCGCUGCGGGCCGCGGCCAACACACACCGACACAAGCUACAGACGGCAGCACUGUGUGCCCUGAGGACACUCAAGACCAGCUCUGUCAGACCGACGGAUGCCAUUGCUACACCUCCUCUUGAUGGAGCACCCAAGCAAUACUCACCCAAAAUCCAACAGCUCGUCAGUGACAUCGCCAACCUCACGCUCAUAGAAGUGUCCGACCUCAAUGAGUUACUAAAGAAAACUCUGAACAUUCAGGAUGUUGGAAUGAUGUCGAUGGGCUCAAUGGCAGCAAUGCCAGCUGCUGCUGCUGAGGCGGUGGAGGAGGACGCAGCACCUGUAAAGAAAGAGAAAACCCAUUUUACAGUCAAACUGACAGAACUAAAGGCGGCUGAUAAAGUAAAACUCAUUAAAGAAGUGAAGAAUUGCAUGGAGGGCCUGAAUCUUGUACAGGCCAAGAAGCUUGUGGAGUCCCUACCUCAGGAGAUCCGGGCUAAUGUGUUUAAAGACGAGGCAGAAAAACUGAAAGCAGCACUUGAAGCAGCAGGAGGCACUGUUGUGCUGGAGUGAAUAUCUGCGCUGCCUCUUCACUUCUUCAGUUGUUACCUGUCAGUCAUUGUUUUGUUUGUUUUUUUUAUAUAUAAAAAAAGAUUAAAGGAAUUUGAAGAAAACAAAUAAUGCCUUUAAAAGACCACUUGGUCCACAAGAGACUGGAUGGUGAACUCAGACUGAACUCUAACAGGCUCUGAGCCUGCAAACACACCACCGGUCACUGACUCGUCCAUUUGUCAUUUAGCUACACGUGCUGUACUGGGCUGGUCUGUCUCUCUGAAGCUGUGUCUCUCAGGAAACUGGGGCUGCCCUGACAAAGGGAUGUGAUGGCCGUUGCUUGUGGUUAAAUAAACGUUAUACUGUA